CAAAACACGGUUUUGUAGCUUUGACAACUACUGCUUCUUUGUUUCCCUUAAUAUUACUUCAGGUAUCAGUUGCCAGGGUGCCAGUUAUUUCAAUGCAAUUGAAAACUUCUUAACUCUGUACCGCGUGUUGUGUUAAGAGCGUGCCGUACACGCUUCACACUUUAAAAGUUACCAAAAGAUGUGCAUGGCUCGAAUUAAAAAUUAGACACAACGGUUUAAUAAUCAGAUAUAUCAUGGAGGGGAAUCCGUUGAGCAUUAUUUUGGUGAAAAGCGACAGCAAAGGUGAUCGCCUCCUCUUCAGAUAUCCCUACGCAACCGAAUCUCGUCACGGAGAAACCACUCACAAGAAGAGGAAAAACGUGUACGCUCUGACCACCUCGGACGACCAUGAGCCGCUCCAUCAGAUGUCCAACAUCAGUCACAAUCAGCUGACAGGCUUCUCUGACGAGGUGCUGUCCAACCUGUUCGCCGUCAAGUCGGACCUGUGCGAGAAUAAAUUUGAGCUGAAGGUCAAUGACGUCCGUUUUGUGGGCCACCCGACUUUGGUGAGCGCAGGAUCGGUUCUGAUCAACAUCCAGUUUGCUCUUCGGGCCACUGCGAGUCAUUCCAUCGUAAAAUGCUACUACGACCUGAGCAGACGGCUCGGAGUCGCCCUGAGGCACGAGGAACGGCGCUGCGGCUACGUGGCGCAGGAAACCAAAGCCAUGGUGACGGCGCACGACGAGGCGCAGAUUUCGCCGUACAGCCAAAUCCUGUCUCGCAGCGCCCUUGCCAGAGACCUCCGCACCGUCUACGACGACCUGUGCGCGGCCGGUCAGGUGCACCUGAGGGUGAACAACUGGAUAGAAGUGUCCUUCUGCCUGCCACACAAACUGCACCCUGAGCUCGACCCUGACUUGCUGUGCAUCCAAGCCUUGAGACCGUAUCAAGGACUGUUGCUCCUGUUCGAAGAGAGUGAAAUCUUGUCUAGAUUAUCAACUGACGCCUCCCCGGCCCUGACGAGGCUUUUGAAGGUGCACAGCCCUGUGAAGAGCUUUCAGGUUCUCGCAGCUGACGCAGACAUCGUGCUGGAUCACGUCUACAAACUUGCGAGGCAUCUAGUCUACUGGGCCAAAGCGAAAGUGAUAUUCCCGUUGUGCGAGAGCAACGUCUACGUAGUCAGCCCAACCGCUCCUUUGGCCGUGCACUCCUUGACGGAGUCGUUCUCGGAAAAAUUCCAGGGCACCAAUCUGCUGACGGUCCUGUCCGAUUUUUCUCUGCCCAUGUCGCUGGGCCAGAGGGUCAGUCCGCUGGACAACCCGCAGCACAACUCGCAGUUCAUCUGUAUGAUAGUCUGGAUGCUGCAGCACAAUCUGCUUUUGCAGCUUCACACCUAUGUGCAUCUGAUGCCCAGCAGCGCCAAAAUGGGCGACGACGACGAGCUGCUCGGAGACGACGAGAGGGUGGUGCACACUUCCGAGGAGAUCGCCAUGUUCUCGCGGCUGCAGAGACACUUCAACGGAAGGCACCACCUUGAGGAGAUCAUGUAUCUGGAGAACGUCCGCCGUUCACAGCUGCUGCAGCUCAUCGACAAGUUCAGAAACGAGCUCAUCAUGAGACAAACUGAGGAUCCGAUGAUUGCAAACUUUUUCUGCUCAAAAAACAUGCAGUUGAUGGGGUAAAAUGGUUUUACGUUUGUUAUUUUAUUAUGAGAACGUGCGAGUAUUAAAACUGAGAACUCCCUAGCAGACUGAUUUACAGUGAUACAAGUGAUAAGUGGGACUAUUUUGCAGAGUGGGAAUGAAAAAUUAAAUUAAGGGUUUAUACUAAAUAAAUGUUUUGAGUGGCUGCUCGUUGUGAUCGCAUCGUUUCAAGGGUUUUAAAAAACCCGUAAUUGUUGGAAAAAUCCUCUGCAAUUCAUUCAAAUGAUUUUUGCAGAGUUUUCUGGAAUUUAUCGCAUUGUUUGGAAAUUAAUUAAAUUUUAGUAGGGUCUAAAAAUUCAAAAAAUGCCACUGGUUUAAAUUAUAUAAUGAUUCUCAAAAUUCAUUGAAGAUUUCAAUUCUUCUGGAAAAAACUGACAUUUUUUUAGAUGAUUCAGAAAAAUACCCCAAUGUUUUUCUUCAGCUGGUGGUGCAUUUAUAGCGCUUUGUGCAAUAAACAAACUCAUUUGAGCAUAGAUAUCAAUAAAUAUAUUGACGUGUUGAAUGAAAGUCUGAUUUGAACUAAAUUAUUACCUAUUUAUCUCUUUGGGGAAUCAGCAACAACUAAGAAUAAUUAAGAAUAUCCAUAUCUGUGUCCUUCGUAAUACGCCCUAUGCAUGUCAUAAGAGUUUCUUCGCAUUCGCCUUCCAAUGGGCUCCAAAUCAUUGUAGCACUUUUCAAACACGCUGUCCACAGCUUCAGCCGCUUGCUCAUCAGUCACAUUCCUCACAGCUUUUACAGACGCUAUUGCUUUGGUUCGCACACAAUUCUAUAAUAAAAAUAAUGGGUUAUUCACCAG